ACUCUUCACUACAAGGGAGUGCCCUGUGCCCCAGUCAUUGUGUGAUCAUCAUGCCUAUGUUUAUCCAGAAUGGAACGGAAUAGACAUUAAAGUUCAAACAGUCAAAAUUAAUUUAAUUAGUUAGUUUUAAUUAAUUAAUUAAUUAGUUUUUUAAAAUGAUGUAUGAAAACCUUUAAUAAUAAUAUAAUUCCUGUUUUCAUAGUUGCAAUAUCUAAAGUACUGUAAAUUUUAACAGCAGCCAGCACAUACAGUUAUUCUACAAUGUGGGAGAUCUGCGGACUUGACUCUCUCGUUGGCUGGGCGCUGCAAAGCGUCACCAUCUGUCACUGCUAAAGCAGUAGUCUACCCCCCGGUCUCUCUGUCAGUAAGAAAACAGUGUGGAGCAAUACGCUGUGAAGUUUGCCAUACGACUUACCGAUUUAAAUAUUGACCUCCAAUCUACAUAUGAGUAAAAAGAAAAACAACUAAUCAAGCGCGUCCUGGAAUUGCACUGCCGAGAACUGUGGAGGAUUUUUCUCACAUUUUGGCACAUUCAAACACUAAAGAAAGACGGUCCUUGAUGGAAUAAUUAGUUUUGCAUCGAAAAUAUGACGAAGAUAUUAUUACAUCUGGUGCAUUUGAUGUUAUUUUUUCAUUCCGGUAUCGGAGAAGUUUUAUCAGAGGAGCCAUUCGAAAUUACGCAGCAGGACAGCGAUAUCCACGAAACUACCGAUAGCACCUCCUCGCGCGAAAGCGCACGGCGGGACAUGGUCUCCAUCAAUAUGUUUAAAGUCUAUGAAAAGUACAGUAAGGAACCACAACGCCAUCGAGACGAAAAUACCGUUAGAAGUUUUAAGGCUAUUCCAGGAGUCUCCAAGAACAGUGUAUGGUUCCAUUUCAACCUGUCGUCCAUCCAGGAGUCGGAGGACAUCCUGUCCGCCACAUUCCACUUCCUGGACCAGCGUCCCCGCCACCGACCCUGGAUCUGCCGGCGCUCCCGAAGCGCUUCCUGUCGCCUUCAGUGGCAUCCCCCGUCCCAGCUCCUCUUCCGAGGAACGUCCCCAAACUCUGCCUUUGCCUCCCUGCUGGGCAACGUCACCCUGCCCCCUCCCAGGAGAGGGUCCUGGCAGACAAGUGAUGUCUCCGCUGUAGUCAAAGAGGCCCGCAUCCUGGGAGUCUUCCUCAUUACCGCUGAAUUUGACUUCGGGAUGAGGCCCCAGAGGAACCAGGAGCACCUUUCUCCAGCCAUCCUACCGUACGUCCUGGCGUAUGCCAACGACAUGGCCAUAUCUGAGCCCAACAGUGUGGCCAUGACCCUGCAGAGGUACGGGCCUUUCCCUUCGGGCGAGGAGCCCACCCGGUCAUCCAACGAAUCUCCUCCAGCCUCUAGGCUGAAAAGAGAAGCAUUGUCCCCCCUGGACCAAAUACUGGACAAUGACCUGCCUGAGGUCCAGUUCAACACCCUGAAGAGCCAUGAGCUAUGGGAGAGCACUUAUUUGGUUCCCAAGAUCAAGCCCUCAAUGAAAGAUGGGCAAAAGCAUGGUCAGGAGAGCAGUGAGGGGUUGAAUAAGCCCCAGGUGCUGAGCUUUGAUGAGAGGACCAUGAAGAAGGCUCGCAGGAGACAGUGGAGUGAGCCCAGGGUCUGCGCCCGACGCUACCUGAGAGUGGAUUUUGCAGACAUCGGCUGGAGCGAGUGGGUGCUAGCCCCGAAAGCCUUUGAUGCCUACUACUGUGCAGGCACCUGCGGAUUUCCUAUUCCUAAGGUUGCCCGGCCCUCGAACCACGCCACCAUCCAAAGCAUUGUGAGGGCGGUGGGAAUCGUUCCCGGCAUUCCGGAGCCCUGCUGUGUUCCGGACAGGAUGAGCUCUCUGAGUGUUCUCUUCCUGGACCCCAGCCGGAACAUGGUGUUGAAGGUUUACCCCAACAUGUCUGUGGAGACCUGCGCCUGCCAGUAGAACCACCCGGAAGGAGCCUCAAUGCAUAAUGCAUGAGCCAGAGUACAAUGAAUCAGACAGAGUGGAGCAGGAGAGACAUUCAGUCAGUACAGUAAAAAAGACAGACAUCUUUAGAUGAGGCUGCGAUGGAUAAACCCACCAUGGAGGGAGAUCUGGAUUAUAGAUAAGGGUUUCUGGAUUAUAGAUAAGGGUGGCGAGAUGCAGAGAACGCCGUGUCUGACUAUCAGAUCAGUGUGAUUCACACAGACAUUUCCUUGUCAUUCAGCAGCUCAACUGUAGUUGAAUUUGGGCCUGUAUCACUGUCAGUUCCAAGUCUUCAGCCAUCCAGAGUUCCUGAUGUAUACACGGAUUCCAAAGUAACUCAAAUGAUGGACCCUAUUGCCAUGUACUGGACUUCGGUGGGGGCUGGUGGGAGUAGCUACAGGAGGACGGGCUCCUUGCAAUGGCUUGAAUGGAAUAGAUGGAAUGCUAUCAAACACAUGGAAACGACAUGUACGACUCAGUUCCAUUUACUCAGUUUCAGCCAUUGCAAUGAGCCCCUACUCCUAUAGCUCCUCCCACCAGCCUCCACUGCUGCACUUAGACUAUUGGACUCAGGUGAGCUUUAGAUGUGAUGUCUUUAUACGGUACAAGACUCAAAAGCUGAACCUCUGUAAAUAAUAAUGUAACUAAUACAACUAAAUAAGACUUAUUUCUGUAAAUAAUUGCUGGGAUCUUAAACUAUGUUUUGCCUGUAGUGUUCACUAGUUGUGCAGUUUGAAUUAAUCUGUCAACAUAAAUGGUUAAUACAUGAGAGAAUGUACUGUUAUAAUAAAUAAUCCCAUGUUGUUUUCUGACAUGUCAUGUUUGCAUAAGUUUGAAUCAGGAAUCCAUUGUCAUCAUAUUCAGCGAAGAAAAUGGAGAUAGACAGCACAUUCCUGCCACCUGCUGUUUUGAAAUAGAAAAUAGUUUUCAAAAAAUGGCCAUUUGAAGAGGUAGACCUGAUAUUGAUUGUUUUGAUCUUAUUGACGGAAAGAUUGUGAGAGCUUAAUUACUUAUAGACCACUAGUGCAAAGUUAUUACAUUCAAAAUGUUCAGCAUCAUACUGUAGUUGAUUAACGUCAAACUACCACAAAAGUCUUGAGAAUAUUGGGCUAUGUAAUUUCUAUUCCAACAUUGUGAAUUGUGCAUUUAUCCUUUGUUUAGGCUUUGUCCGGUUUUGAUCAUGUGUGCUUUAAUUGCCCAAAUAUGGCCUAGAUUGACUCAAAACUUAAAUGGAAAUAAACUGAAUGCUCCAUAAAGUGGAGUACAUGAAUAAUGAGAACCCUGGGAGAUUGGUUGGGGUUGUAAUCAUUUUAUGAUGACCUUGUCCUGAGUCCUCAUAGGCUGCGUUUACACAGGCUGCCCAAUUCUGAUCUUUUUUUUCACUAGUUGGUCUUUUGACCAAUCAGAUCAGCACUGAAAAAGAUUGGAUGUGAAAAACUCUGAUGUGAUUGGUCAAAACAACAAUCAGUGGAGAAAAAAAAGCAUCCUACAUAUUUACAGUAUUAGCCAAGCAGCUAAUAUUAUAAUUACAGGAAUGUUUAGGGAAUAGGAAUGGGUUACUCAUUUCAGACUCAAAUAAAGAAAGUACCUUAAUCACCAAA